AGGUUGUCAGCCCAUGAGGCGGGGUGGUGCGCAGCUCUACAAGCGGCAGUACCAGAGCAGCAUCCUUGUCUUGCUACAGUCGUUUAUCCCAGGUCGGUGCGUAGUACUUGUUCAUAUACUGAUUGUAGCGGUAGGACUGUUAUUCAAGACGGACGAACACAUCGCUGUCAGAUUGUCAUUUCACAAAAUUUUCAAUGGAGGAGAUAGUGAUUGCUGGUAUUGCAGGUAGAUUGCCUGAAUCAGAAAAUCUCCAGGAAUUCUGGGAAAAUCUCAUUAAUGGAAUUGACAUGGUUACAGAUGAUGACAGGAGAUGGAAACCUGGACUUUAUGGCCUUCCUCGCAGAAAUGGCAAACUGAAGGAAAUCAGCAGGUUUGAUGCUUCUUUCUUUGGGGUUCAUGCUAAGCAGGCUCACACCAUGGACCCUCAGUUACGGCUGCUGUUGGAGGUCUCAUUUGAAGCCAUCAUAGAUGGAGGUAUAAAUCCAGCAUCUCUAAGGGGCACCAAUACUGGUGUGUGGGUAGGUGUCAGUGGUUCAGAGGCUGCUGAAGCUUUCAGUCGGGACCCAGAAGAAUUGCUUGGAUACAGCAUGACUGGAUGCCAGCGUGCCAUGUUUGCCAACAGACUCUCCUAUUUCUUUGACUUCAAAGGUCCUAGUCUUGCUAUUGACACUGCUUGUUCCUCCAGCCUGUUGGCCCUUGAGAGUGCUUUCCAAGCUAUUAGGCAUGGGCAAUGUGACUCUGCCCUUGUGGGUGGGAUUAAUCUCCUCCUGAAGCCCAACACUUCUGUGCAGUUCAUGAAACUGGGCAUGCUCAGUACAGAUGGCACCUGCAAGUCCUUUGAUGCAUCGGGUGAUGGUUAUUGUCGUUCUGAAGCUGCAGUGGCUGUCCUCCUAAUGAGGCGGUCUAUGGCCAAAAGAGUUUAUGCUACAGUGGUUAAUGCAGGGAGCAACACGGAUGGCUACAAAGAGCAAGGUGUGACAUUCCCUUCUGGAGAAGCACAAAUGCAGCUGAUGCGUUCCCUCUAUGCAGAAGUGGCACUUUCUCCUUUAGAUGUUGAGUAUAUUGAAGCCCAUGGUACAGGCACAAAGGUUGGGGACCCACAGGAGGUGAAUGGAAUUACUGAUGUUUUCUGUAUGGGAGAGCGCCCACCUCUUUUGAUUGGAUCUACAAAAUCAAACAUGGGACAUCCAGAACCGGCCUCUGGAUUAGCAGCUUUGGCCAAGGUUAUCUUAUCACUGGAACACGAGUUGUGGGCCCCAAAUCUCCAUUACCAUACUCCAAACCCUGAUAUACCUGCUCUCCUUGAUGGCCGGAUCCAGGUAGUGUCUGAGCCAAUUGCUGUUAAGGGAGGGAUUGUUGGAAUAAAUUCCUUUGGCUUUGGAGGCUCCAAUGUCCAUGUAAUCCUGAGACCCAAUGAGAAGAAGUGUGUCCUGCCUCAGAUCAGCAGCCUUCCUCAGUUAGUACAAGUGUGUGGCCGAACAAAGGAAGCUGUGGAAACCCUUCUGGAUCAGGGCCACAAACAUGAGAAUGAUCCUGCCUUUUUGGACUUGCUCACUUGUCAGUCUGGAAUGCCCACCUCAAUGAUGCCAUUCAGAGGAUAUACUAUUGUGAACGGUGAAAGUGAUAGUAGAGAAAUUCAGCAGACCCCUGCAGUUACUAGGCCCCUCUGGUACAUCUGUUCAGGUAUGGGGACGCAGUGGGUUGGCAUGGGAUGCAGUCUGAUGAAACUGGACAUUUUCCACCAGUCCAUUAUGCGCUCUGAUGAGGCUCUGAGUAACACUGAUCUCCGAGUAUCUGAACUGCUUUUGAACGCUGACAGGUCCACAUUUGAUGAUACUGUUCAUGCAUUUGUUGGGCUUGCUGCUAUCCAGAUUGCUCUGAUCGAUAUGCUGAAGGUGAUGGGGCUACAGCCUGAUGGCAUUGUUGGACAUUCUGUUGGGGAGCUGGCUUGCGGCUAUGCGGAUGGGUCACUUAGUCACCAGGAGGCAAUUCUUGCAGCAUACUGGAGGGGGCGCUGCAUCAAAGAGGCAAAAUUGCCAGCAGGAGGCAUGGCUGCUGUUGGACUGACAUGGGCAGAGUGUAAAGCAAGAUGUCCUGAGGGGGUGGUUCCUGCCUGCCACAACUCUGAAGAUACGGUAACCAUUUCUGGGCCUAAGGAUUCUGUCAGUAAAUUUGUUGCUGAACUGAAAAAUGAAGGAAUUUUUGCAAAAGAAGUUCGCUCAGCUGGUGUGGCAUUUCAUUCUUACUACAUGGCAUCAAUUGCACCAUCGCUACUUGCUGCCUUGCAAAAGGUGAUAAGAAUCCCAAAGGCUCGUUCCUCACGCUGGAUUAGUACAUCAAUUCCUGAAUCUAUGUGGGAAGGUGACCUAGCACAUUGGUCAUCUGCUGAAUAUCACGUCAACAACCUUGUGAGCCCAGUACUGUUUCAGGAGGGUCUGCAGCACAUCCCAGAUAAUGCCAUUGUUGUAGAGAUUGCACCACAUGCACUCUUGCAGGCCAUCUUGAAGAGGAGCUUGAAGUCAUCUUGUACAAUUUUACCACUUAUGAAACGAGAUCACAGCAACAACCUAGAAUUCUUUUUGUCAAAUAUUGGGAAGCUGUACCUGAAUGGAAUAAAUGUGAAUUCAGACAAGCUGUACUGUCAUGUUGAGUAUCCUUAUCCAGUUGGAACCCCACUUCUUUCCCCUUGUAUGGUGUGGGACCACAGCCAAAUGUGGGAUGUACCAAAGGUGGAAGACUUUCCUUCUGGUUCCGGGGGCUCAAGUUCAGCUACUGUGUAUAACAUAGAUGUAAAUCCGGAUUCACCUGACUACUAUUUGAUUGGCCACUGCAUUGAUGGUCGUGUUCUGUAUCCUGCAACAGGGUACCUAGUUCUUGCUUGGAGAACACUAAUGAGAUCUCUUGGUACCACAAUGGAGCAGACAGCUGUCAUGUUUGAGGAUGUGACCAUUCAUCAAGCAACCAUUCUUCCAAAGACAGGUUCUGUUCAACUUGAGGUACACCUGAUGCCAGCAUCCAGUAGCUUUGAAGUUUCAGAAAAUGGAAACCUGGCAGUCAGUGGAAAAGUGUGUAUUCUGGAAGAAAAUGCACUGAAUAACUUCAGGAAGCAACUGACUUCAUUGGUACACACAGAAUCUGAUUCAGAGUUUUCUCUGACAACGGGGGAUGUUUAUAAAGAACUGCGCCUUCGGGGCUAUGAUUAUGGCAAAACCUUUCAGGGAAUAUUGGACACAAACAAUGCAGGUACCAGAGGAAAUCUUCACUGGGAUGGGAACUGGGUGACGUUCUUGGACACAAUGCUGCAGAUGAUUGUCAUAGGGUUGUCUGGCCGAAGUCUGCGUUUACCAACCCGAAUCCGAUCUGCUUACAUUGAUCCAGUUGUACAUCAGGAACGAAUCAAACAGUAUGCAGGAGGCAAACAAGCAAUGGAUGUGAUUGUGAAUCGCAGCCUCGAUAACAUCAUUGCCGGGGGUGCCCAGAUCUGUGGUCUGCAUGCAACAGUUGCCCCUCGAAGGCAGCAGCAACAGACACCCCCCAUUUUGGAAGAAUUCCAGUUUGUACCAUACUUCGAAACUGCUUGUUUAAUGUCCAGUUCAACUCUUCAUAAUGCUUUGACCAGCUUAAAAGGUUUAGUGAAAAAGCUGCAGGUCAAGCUAAAGAAACAUGGAAUGGCACUUGAAAUUACUGGUAUUCAGGAUGCAGACAUGCCAGAAUCCAUCGAUUUGCAGGAGAAGGGUCUGUUGUGGCUCCUCAGUGAGCUCUGCAGGGUGGAGCUGAAUGGGAACUUGCAUUCUGAGCUAAAGCAGAUAGUGGACCAGGAGAAGUCUUGUUUCCAAGAGGAUGAACUUGUGAAUGGAUUGCUGGAGGCUGCAGAGUUUAAAACAUGUCUAGAUACAGCUUUGGAAAACCUUACAAGUCGUAAGAUGAAGAUAGUAGAGGUGCUGUCUGGUACAGGAAACUUGUUCUCAAGGGUUGUUGCUCUCCUGAACACCCAGCCUAUGUUGCAACUUGACUACACUGCCACAGAUCCAGACCCUGAUCAUCUUACAACCAAUGAGAGCAAACUUCAAGAGUUUGGAGUUUCUGCAUUGCAAUGGGAUCCUGCCACUCCUGCCUCUGGAUUUUUGACUGGAGCCGACCUUGUUGUGUGCAAUGCCUCUACCACCUUUCUCAACAAUCCCACUGAAAUGGUUUCCAACAUGGCUGCCACACUGAAGGAAGGUGGUUUUAUUUUGCUGCAUACACUCCUAAAAGCAAACACUAUUGGAGAGACAACAGCAUUUCUUACAACAGUCAAUUCCAAACAUCAUUCUGGCCUCUUGUCUAAGAUGGAAUGGCAUGAUGUGUUUAACCAAGCUUCACUAAACCUGGUUGCAGUAAAGGAAUCCUUCUAUGGUUCUGCUCUAUUUUUAGCUCGCAGACCAGCUUUUGUUUUGACACCCCACUUCUUGUCAGUGGAUCAGCUGGAUUUCAGAUGGGUGGAGUCCUUAAAAAGUAUAAUGUCAGAGUCUAAUGAGAACUCCAUCUGGUUGACUGCUGCACACUGCAGAGAUUCUGGGAUAGUCGGAAUGGUAAACUGCUUGCGUCAGGAACCAGGAGGCAAUAAGAUCAGGUGUGCAUUCGUGUCAAAUCUCAAAACUUCAUCUGUUCCCUCUCUCAAGCUUUCUGAAGAAAUGGUACAGAAAAUUCUCCCGUGGGAUCUAGUGAUUAAUGUUUAUCGUGAUGGCCAGUGGGGUGCUUUCCGACAUGUCCCACUACAGAAAGAUCGAGAGGAGGUCACAGAGUAUGCCUAUGUCAAUGUCUUGACCCGAGGUGAUCUUUCUUCUUUGCGCUGGAUUGUUUCUCCACUACGUCAUUUCCAGUCAUCAAAUCCUGAUGUAAAGCUCUGUCAGGUCUACUAUGCAUCACUUAACUUCCGUGAUAUCAUGCUUGCUACAGGAAAACUUCCUCCUGAUGCUAUUCCAGGUGAUGUCUCUCUCCAACACUGUUUGCUUGGAAUGGAGUUCUCAGGUCGUGACCCCAGUGGGCAAAGGAUUAUGGGAUUGCUUCCUGCUAAGGGGCUGGCUACUGUUGUGGAUGCUGAUAAGAGGUUCCUAUGGGAUGUUCCACAGAACUGGACCUUGCAAGAAGCUGCAUCUGUGCCAGUUGUCUAUGCCACUGCCUAUUAUGCUUUAAUUGUCCGAGGACGUAUGAAGAAAGGUGAGAGUGUGCUUAUACACUCUGGUUCAGGAGGAGUAGGUCAAGCUGCCAUCACCAUUGCACUCAGCAUGGGUUGUCGUGUCUUCACUACUGUAGGUUCUGCCGAGAAGCGAGCUUACUUGCAGCAGCGAUUCCCAGAGUUAACUGCAGAUUCCUUUGCCAAUUCCAGAGACACAACAUUUGAGCAACAUGUACUGAGGGUCACUGCUGGGAAGGGUGUUGAUCUUAUUCUAAACUCUCUGGCAGAAGAGAAGUUACAGGCCAGCUUACGUUGCUUAGGAAGACAUGGACGUUUCCUGGAGAUUGGCAAAUAUGACUUGUCUAAAAACAGUCCACUGGGGAUGGCUGUGUUCCUAAAGAAUGUUGCAUUUCAUGGAAUUUUGCUGGAUGCUCUCUUCGAGGAAGGAAAUCGUGAAUGGGAAGAUGUUUCUGAACUUCUGACAUCUGGUAUAAACAGUGGAGUGGUACAGCCCCUGAAAACUACAGUGUUUGAAAGGCAUGAUGUGGAGGCGGCCUUCCGUUUUAUGGCACAAGGCAAGCACAUAGGAAAAGUGGUUCUGAAGGUCAGGGAGGAAAAAGGAUUCUCUGAAAACUCAAGGCCUGUGUCUCUCUCAGCAAUGCCUCGUACUUCCUGUCCCUCAUACAAGUCCUACAUCAUUACAGGUGGACUUGGUGGAUUUGGUCUUGAGCUGGCACUCUGGUUAAUUGAGAGGGGAGCACGUAAACUGGUCCUGACCUCAAGAUCUGGAAUUCGUAAUGGUUACCAGGCUAAACGAGUACGUGAGUGGCGUGAAAUGGGAGUUGAAGUCCUAGUUUCCACCAGCGAUGUUGUUUCUGUGGACGGAGCAUGUCACCUUAUUGAAGAAUCAUCUCGCAUGGGACCUGUCGGGGGCAUUUUCCAUCUGGCCAUGGUUCUGAAGGAUGCUAUGUUAGAAAAUUUGACACCAGAGCUCUUCCAAGAAGUUGUUAAACCUAAGUAUACUGGCACAGUCCAUCUCGACAGAGUAACUCGUGAAAGAUGUCCAGAGCUGGAAUAUUUUGUUGUCUUCUCUUCUGUCAGUUGCGGGCGUGGAAAUGCAGGUCAGAGCAAUUACGGGUUUGCCAAUUCAACUAUGGAACGCAUCUGUGAGCUGAGACGUCAUGAUGGACUUCCAGGUCUGGCAAUACAGUGGGGUGCAAUUGGUGAUGUCGGAGUUGUACUGGAAACUAUGGGUACCAAUGAUACUGUAAUCGGUGGGACUUUGCCACAGCGCAUCAGUUCAUGCCUGGAAGUUUUGGACAAGUUUCUUAAUCAGCAGCAUCCAGUCAUGUCCAGUUUUGUCCUGGCAGAGAAAACAGUCAGUGAACGAAAUGAUGGUGCAGAUCGGCGUGAUCUUGUUAGUGCUGUUGCAAACAUUCUAGGUGUUCGGGAUGUUAGCAGUUUGAAUCCAGAUGCCUCACUUGCAGACCUAGGUCUUGAUUCUUUAAUGGGUGUAGAGGUGCGACAGAUCCUAGAAAGAGACUAUGAUAUUGUUAUGGCAAUGAGAGACAUUCGGCAACUUACAGUCAAUAAACUUCGUGAACUGUCCAGCAAGAGUGCAGCAGAGGAGGGUACUGCACCAUCACCGCUUAGGAAAGCUGGUGUUAUGAAACUAUCGCAGGAGGAGUUAAGUAAGCUGCUAGUCAACCCUGAGGCUCCAGUUAUCACCAAGCUGAAUAACAUGGAUGGCAGUGAGAGGCCUUUGUUUCUGGUACACCCUAUAGAAGGUUCUAUCGUAGCAUUCCACAGCCUGACCUCAAAGUUAAGCUUGCCAUGUUAUGGUCUACAGUGCACCAGAGCUGUUCCUCUGGAUAGUAUUCCGUCUGUGGCCUCCUACUAUAUCUCUUGCAUGAAACAGGUGCAACCUGAAGGUCCUUACCGUAUUGCAGGGUACUCCUUUGGUGCUUGUGUAGCUUUCGAGAUGUGUUCCCAGCUGCAAGCCUGUCAGGAUAGCUCAUCAGUGGUGGAAAGCCUCUUCCUCUUUGAUGGCUCACAUUCCUUUGUGGCUGCAUAUACACAGACUUAUCAAGCCAAGCUCACACCAGGCAAUGAAGCAGAGGCCGAGGUAGUGGCUUUGUGUGCAUUUGUCCAGCAGUUUGUACAAAUAGAAUACAAUAAGGUACUGGAGAUGCUGCUGCCUCUACAGGACCUGGAGUCUCGAGUCACAGCUGUGGUGGAGCUGAUCACCUCUUUUCACAAGAACAUCAGCAGAGACAUUCUCAGCUUUGCUGCCUUUUCAUUCUAUCACAAAUUACAGGCUGCAGACCAGUAUGUUCCAGCAUUCAAAUACCAUGGAAAUGUUGUUCUCCUGAGGGCCAAGACCCAGAAUGAGUAUGAGGAAGGACUUGGCAGUGAUUACAGACUUUCAGAGGUCUGUGAUGGAAAGAUUUCUGUUCACAUUGUUGAAGGAGAUCAUCAGACAUUACUCGAGGGAGUUGGAAUGGAGUCCAUUGCUGGAAUUAUUCAGAGUUCCUUAUCAGAGCCCCGUGUCAGUGCCAGGGUUGGCUAAACACUUAACCCAAAACAUGUGCCAUUCUUUAUUCUCAUGGAAAGCCUUCAUGCUGGCAUGCACAUGGAUAUUCUAGUGAACUGAUAACGCCAGCUAGUUCUAUAAACUUCUGCAAAGAGUGCCAUUAAGAUGACAUUUGUCUUCUCUUUAGCAGAAAAAUGGUUAUUCACAAACUCUAACAAGCAUUUGCAUUUCUGCUGUAAUUGCUCUGUCAAGGCAAAUGCCUUUCAGACUCCAUUCCAGUGAGUAAUAUGAAUGAGAUGUUCACUGAAAAGCUUAAACAGUAUUGCAGUUUCUUUUAUGUUCUAAGAUUUACAGGGACCUCAUAUGUAGAAGCAUUCCUCAUAAUCAUUGUGCAUACUUUUCCUGGGUUUUACUGUGGAAAUUUAGGAAAUAGCAGAAAAUGCACUUUACAGUGUAUGCAAGUGAUAAUGCCACAUAAAAUUAUGAAGACUUAACACAGCAAUACCUUAAAUCAGGGCAUAGUUGUUCUUACUAGAAGCAACACAACUAUAUUACAUUUCCAAUAACAUAAUACUUCUACAAUUAGCAAAACACUGUUUAGCUACAGAAUUUCACAGCUGUUAUAUUGACUGUAACAGUGAUGUGACUGUCACAGCUGCAAGAAAUUGAGUAUUACAGUAAAAAUACACCUGUCGAGAUAGUUUGUUGUUCUUGGAAUAAACAUAUGACCUGUAUAAUCACUGCUGUAGAAUCUUGUGGCGGUUUGCACCUGCAAGACGACACAAACUGAAUCCUGUAACCAUUCUAGUCACAGUACAUCUUUAUAGCAUUCUAGCCACAGGUGGCCUUUGCUGUGUUAGUGACCUUACUGUAACUGAGACUACUGCAAAUUUUAUGGCUACUUCAGUAACAAAAAAUGUAUCCGAAUCUAGCUGUGCACUGGUGACACUGUUAUAAUCACAUCAGUGGUCAGCAGCAGUUCAAAUUAAUCGCACAAGUACAGCAAGCAGAAUUCUUUAAUAGCUACAUGUCUAAUUCUCUCUAUUGUUGUACACAUGAAUGACAAUGUGAACAUGGUCAUAAUCCUGACUGUGGGAUUGUACAGCUUGCACAUUAAUAACACUGUUACCUUACUGAACUCAAGACUCCUGGAAUUCCUGAAGACAUUUAUCCUACGGAAGUCCAAAAAUCAUGCAGUUCCUGCAGUAGCACACCUCUGCAAUAUUUGUCUGUAACUUCAUAGGGAAUCAGUUACUCAUGUAAUAUGGUUGUACAGUAAUCCUGUGUUUGUAACUAGACAGUUUUGUCAGUGAAGCAACCACUAUGCCUGAAAUCAUGGAACAGCAACUGUAGAGCUGCUUCACUUGUGCACCUUCAAGUACUAGCUUGUUUGUAAUUUCACUGUAGUUUGUUGCAGAACUGUGCAAAUCAUACAUGUGAAAUGAUGCUGUGCUUUCCUAGAUAGACUUUCAAUUAUCUGUAGUUUUAUCAGCAAACAGAGCUAGCUGAUCUGUAAGCUUGUUGUAGUUUUUAUGUAGCAGAACCAUACAGCAUAAUCAUACUUGUGAAGAGCUCCCAGGAUUUCCUCGGCUGUGCCACAAAUGUCUGGAUUUCAACAGCCAGCAGUACACCGGUUGUGUUUUGCAGCAUGUCUGUAUAUCCAGGAAAGUGUUUCUAGAAUGUAAAGGUUGUGUGUUAAAAAGCAUAAUGUUAACCCGCUGCAGGAGUACUACUGUGGUCAGGACCACCAACCUUCACCAACUUAAGUAUCAAGGAUAUAUUUAUUGUCUAAAAGUUUUAAUGUUUUAUGUGAUUAAUUUUAUUCCUGAAUGGUCCAUUGCAGCAUGGAACAUGGGCAAGGACCACAAGAAGGUGUUUUACCUUGAUUUCUGAGGCUGUAAUCAGUCAGUGAAGAAUCAUGUAAUUUAUGUAAUUGUAUAGGUAAUGUGCAAGAGAAAGCUGUCUGAAUGGGUCACUGAAGUACUGUUAACUGUGUGCUUUUUUAAUUGGAUCUUUUUGGAAAAAGUGUCAUUAAAAUGCUAUUUGCUGGUUCUAAUGUU